CUUCAAUCAGCAUCCCUACUAUUAUUAUUAUCUACGAGAAAUCCGGUUGUGUCACACGGCCUGUUUGGUGUUCCGACGGACGUCCUGCUUUAUCAGAGACAGCAUGUUCCGACGGACGUCCUGCUUUAUCAGAGACAGCAUGUUAUAAACUGUCGUCUCCCGCUGUCUUUGUCGUUCAGUUUCAGGUACUUUCCGAUAAGGGCAAUCAAGAUAAGAUACGUCAAGUUUGGCCUUGCCCGAGUCGCCGAUUCGGUAUCUGCUACUACAUACACAGCUCUGUAUCCUCAUCAUCAUUUAAAUCGGCACUAUUAGCCAGUCUAUCAUUCUCUCAUCGCAAUUGACUCGCAGUUGAUCCGCGACACCAUGCCGUUCCUCAAAAACAGAUCCGACUCGCCAUCCUUUGCAUCCUCGUCCUCCGAACCCGAACCCGCCCCAGACGCCUUCCAGAAACUCGUCGAGGACCUCAGCGCAGCUUUGGGCCCGAGCUCGGGUCUCGACUCGGACGAUGUCGAUCCUGCCGACAUCCAGCGCCUGAUGGAAGCCUACGUCUCCAAUUCGGAGGAGUGGUCAAGAUACGCGCUGGGAGAUGGAAGCAGGACAUACACGAGGAAUUUGGUCGACGAGGGAAAUGGGAAAAGCAAUCUUCUUAUCCUGGUAUGGAGCCCGGGAAGAGGCAGUGCCAUCCAUGACCAUGCCAAUGCACACUGUGUCAUGAAGAUCCUCAAGGGUUCUCUCCAGGAAACCCUCUACUCAUGGCCUGACCAGGAGAAGAUCAAGAGCGGACAGUACUCACCUCCGCAGGUCACCAGACAGUCAGUGUAUGGCGAGAACGAGGUUACAUACAUGUCCGACAAGUUGGGCCUCCAUAGAAUCUCCAACCCGGAUCCUAACAACUUUGCUGUCUCGUUACAUCUCUACACCCCUCCCCAUGCUGCUACAUAUGGCUUCUGCCUCUACGACGAAUGCACCGGAAAGGCAAAACAUAUCAAGCAAGCCAAUUUCUACUCUCGCAAGGGUCAACGGGUCAAUUGUGAACAGUUCUACAACUAAGUCGCCUAUUCUAUGUCGAUGAUACUCCUGUUGGUCCGGUGUUGGGUUCUUUUGGAGUUCUCUGGUGUUAUUCUAUCUUUUCACUCCUUCCUAGUCAAAGUUGGCAAGUUCUUGCUCUAUUAAUACUUUCUGUCAGGCACAGACCAUUCAUUUUUACUGCCGGCUCCUUAUUCUCUCCUUUGGUAUUGGUAUUGCUGAUCACUUAUAAAUUAUGU